AGCCGCCCGGCCGCUGUGAGGCGCGGGAGAAGCAAGAGUGCCAGCUUUCCUAUCGCUGUCUGAUUGUUGAAACAGGAUUCUGGCCUGGGUCCGGGGCCGCCAUGGGGAAGGUGAAUGUGGCCAAGUUGCGUUACAUGAGCCGGGAUGACUUCAGGGUCCUGACCGCGGUUGAAAUGGGCAUGAAGAACCAUGAAAUUGUUCCCUGCAGUUUGGUUGCUUCUAUAGCCAGCCUUAAACAUGGUGGUUGUAAUAAAGUUUUAAGAGAACUAGUAAAACAUAAACUUAUAGCUUGGGAGCGAACCAAAACUGUCCAGGGCUAUCGGUUGACAAAUGCAGGCUAUGAUUACCUAGCUUUGAAAACACUUUCUUCUAGACAGGUGGUUGAGUCUGUUGGAAACCAGAUGGGUGUUGGCAAAGAAUCUGAUAUUUACAUUGUUGCAAAUGAAGAAGGGCAGCAAUUUGCAUUAAAGCUUCACAGACUGGGAAGAACGUCCUUUCGAAAUCUGAAAAACAAGCGUGAUUAUCAUAAACACAGGCAUAACAUGUCUUGGCUUUAUUUAUCUCGUCUCUCUGCCAUGAAAGAAUUUGCUUAUAUGAAGGCAUUGUAUGAAAGGAAAUUUCCAGUUCCAAAGCCAGUUGAUUAUAAUCGCCAUGCAGUGGUCAUGGAACUCAUAAAAGGCUAUCCUCUAUGUCAGAUACACCAUGUUGAAGAUCCUGCAUCAGUAUAUGAUGAAGCUAUGGAACUAAUUGUUAAACUUGCAAAUCAUGGGCUAAUUCAUGGAGAUUUCAAUGAAUUCAAUCUCAUUUUGGAUAAAGAUGACCACAUCACCAUGAUCGAUUUUCCACAGAUGGUUUCAACUUCUCAUACCAAUGCUGAAUGGUAUUUUGACAGAGAUGUUAAAUGCAUCAGAGAUUUCUUCAUGAAACGUUUCAGCUAUGAAAGUGAGCUUUUCCCAACCUUUAGUGAUAUCAGGAGGGAGGACUCUCUUGAUGUAGAGGUUUCUGCCAGCGGCUACACAAAGGAAAUGCAGGCAGAUGAUGAACUACUUCAUCCAGUAGGUCCAGAUGAUAAAAAUAUUGAAACACAGGAGGGAUCUGAAUUCUCAUUUUCUGUUGAAGAGAUAUCAGAAAAAGCAAAGGACUGUAGAUCAGAUAUUGAAAGUGGACAGAACUCUAUAGGUGAAUCAGUUGACUGCUGUUACAGAUCAUCUGGAGACCUGGAACAAAUAAAGGAAGACAGUUUGUCAGAGGACAGUGCUGAUGCACAUAGUUUUGAAAUGACUGAAUUCAAUCAGCCUUUAGAAGAAAUAAAAGCGCAGGUUGUUACAAACAGUUCUGUAACUGAGUUUUCUGAGGAGAAUAGCAGAACUGAACAUGACACCAGGCAAGAUGAUAAGACAGGUCAAGGUGGAAUCCUCAUGGGCUCUGAGGAGUAUGAAGAUGAGUGCCCUCAUAUGAUUGCCUUGUCAUCAGUAAACAAAGAAUUAAGGCCUUUCAGAGAUGAAGAGAAUAUGGAAGAUACUAACCAACAUAGAACAAGAACUCUGAGUGUUACUUCUGCGGGCAGUGUGUUAGGCUGUUCAACAAUUCCUCCGGAAUUGGUGAAACAGAAGGUGAAGCGUCAGUUGACAAAACAGCAAAAAUCAGCUGUGAGACGACGAUUACAGAAAGGAGAAGCAAAUAUAUUUACAAAGCAACGGAGAGAAAACAUGCAAAAUAUUAAAUCAAGUUUGGAAGCAGCUAGCUUUUGGGGAGAGUAAUAUAUUUAAGAACUUGAAUAUUUUUCAGAAAGUUACUAUGAUCCCUUUUUAAGCCACCUUUAGUAUUUUUUGGACCAAGGCAGAUAUAUAUAUAUAAAUAGAUAAGUAGACCCUCUUUCAUCAAUAAA